CGGUGAUUCCGGUUCCGGUGCACUUAAAGAUGGACCCUUGGAGUCGUCGGCAGCAGCCGAUCAAAGUGCCCAAACUGUCUUUAACCCAGCGUUACCCAAGGACAACAGUGUGUAUCAUCAUUUUCGGAGGCGGGGCAUUACUAUUCAGCCGUUUUCUCUACGACUGCUUCUUCAGGGGCUUCGUCGAAGGACCAAGACCAAAGAUGGAGGUGGACAUUAAGAUGCUGAUCGAGACUGUGAAGAACCGCGACCCCAGCCAGAAGGUGGAGCACAAGAAAUGGAGAGAGAUAGUUGCAGAACAGGACCUCAUUCGCGCAGAACGUCGAAAGCUCCAGGAAGAGGCGGCGGCGGCUCGACGAAGUGCACAGGAGUAGUCGUCGACAACCCACUAGCCGCGUCAUCACCACCCAAUGGCAUCUUUGGUUGCGAAAUAAGCGGACUUCCGACGGUGGACGACAUGAAGGUGUCAUUGCCAUGUACUGUUCCACAUCAGUUAGUGUCUAUUUUUGUGUUUGUUGCGUGAUUUUGUUAGAGAAAGCAGCGAUAUAAAUGAGAGCAUGGUGGCUCACGUAAUCAGCAAAUGACGUGGCUGUGUCUGGCUUGAAAUAUAACUGAAAGGGAACAAUUUGGCGUGAAGCUGAAGAGGAACAGUUUGGCAAAUAUAAUAUAACUGCUGCUAGCUGAUGGUCUAAGAAUAAAUUGCAGUAGUCGACUUCCGUUAAUUCGACCUUGACGGGACACGCGAAGAUAGGUCGAAUUGUCCGAAAAUCUACAUUAAAGAUGUGUGAGAAA